GGUCUGACAUUAGCGGAGCUGAAAGGCGGCUUUCAUUAACGUAUGUUAAUUAACUUAAUUAGGCUUGCCCUCGGGGUCGUGUGACAUGGUAAGCGCUCGCAGCCAAUCAGCGGGCUCGCUGGCAGAAGCCGAGUGGGGUUGUGACACAUCAGAUCCAUAUGUACGAAGUGUCCGGAGAAAUUGGGAAGUUUACCCGAGAUUUGUGGGGAGUUUUCUGUCUCAAGUCAAUUUAACUCUGCGCGGGCAGCUCAGGAGGAUCUGGACGUCCUCUUCCAGCUUCAGGAAUACGUCGCCGUGGUGCUGUGCUGGUUUUCGCCUGUCCUUUUUCUUUCCUGGUGCUAAUGUGCCAGAUGGAUCCGGGGGAAGUUUUCUCUGUCUAGCGGGUCCCUCCUCUAUAUGCGCGCCUCCACCGCUCUUCGUCUUUAUGGACUCGGCGACCGAUGAUGACUAUGAGCUCGAUGUCUGACAGCUUGAUUGCCUCAGACCCGUCCAAGUCGGCCUUCCUGGAGUUCGGGCACGGGCUGCCCGCGCACCAGCAGCACAACCACUACCCCGUGCACGGCUUGCACUCCGGCGGGCACCCGCAGCACGACGGGCCCUUCUCCCCCGCCGCCUCCUCCUACGGCCGCUCCCUGGGGUACCCGUACCCGAGCGCGGUGGGCACGCACCACUCGAGCGCCUAUCUGUCCUACCAGCCCAGCGGCCACAGCGGCGCUCUGGGACACACGAGGAUAGAAGAAGCAGAUCACGAGAAGUCGACGGUGAUCGAAAAUGGAGAAAUUCGGCUGAACGGCAAAGGCAAGAAAAUCCGCAAACCCAGGACCAUCUACUCCAGCCUGCAGCUGCAGGCGCUGAACCAGCGCUUCCAGCAGACCCAGUACCUGGCGCUGCCCGAGCGGGCCGACCUGGCGGCCAAGCUGGGCCUGACGCAGACGCAGGUCAAGAUCUGGUUCCAGAACAAGCGCUCCAAGUACAAGAAGAUCAUGAAGCACGGCUCCAACGGCCCGGAGGGCGAGCACCUCCACCCCGCCGCCUCCAUGUCGCCCUGCUCGCCCGGCCUGCCGCCUCUGUGGGACGUGUCCAUGGGCAGCAAGGGCGCGCCGGUCCACGCCAGCAGCUACAUGAACAGUUUCGGACACUGGUACCCGGCGCACCACCAGGACUCCAUGCCCAGACCUCAGAUGAUGUGACGCAUCACCUCCACGAACAAUAAUCGCUUUUUUUCCCCCCCAAAUAUAUUAUAUAUAAAAAGCAAAUCCAGCAAUUUCAGACUCAAUAAAACACAGUUAAGAGUUUUUUUUCUUA